CAUCUUCAAAAGAAGCCAAUCCAAGUUCAUAUUGUCCGUCCUCAGCCACACCUGGAGUUCCCCUGUACCCUCUUCAGUUAGAUGUUGUAAAGCAUCUUGUGAAACUAUCACCAGCCAGGGCUAUUUUAGCAUGUGUUUUUGGGAAUUGUAUUUUAUAUUGUGGAAAUGACUACUCAUAAACCAUGUCAGGCUCGUUGACUGAUGGGCCUGGGUCAGUCCAGAAGCAUGAUGCUGAAAGAUUGUUCUUUGAGUUUGCACUUGAUCAAUCCGAGAGGUUUCCGACCUUGAAUCGGUGGAUACAAAUGCAAGCUAAUCUUCACCGACUUUCAGAGGUAGCUAUAACUGCUGAGCAUUCGGUUAAUGAUGGAAUUGAGGCGAAAACUUCAGUGAAGAGGUUUUGGGAGCAUGAUAGUGAUUCUGAUUUAGAACAUGAUGAGCUGGCGCUGGUGUGA